AUGAACCCAUCCUCCGGAAGACCCACUACCGGCAGGCCCACCACCGGUAGGCCCAUGACCGGUCGCCCGGGCACUCGCGGUGGUACCGCCGCUGGUAGACCCCCCACACAGGGCCAGGGCGAUUACCCUCAGCAGCAACAGCAGCAACACCACCACGACCCCUACAUCCAGGAAGAAUGGGACGAGGAGGAUGACUACGAAUCCGACGACGACGGCGACGUGUUCGCCUUUGUCCCUCCCGAUCUCGGCCCCGCCCCCGAGCUCCAACAAAACCCUCUCGACCCAUCCAUAGAUAACCAGAACCGUCAGCACAUCUCGCCCACACAUCACAACGCACCAGCAGCAUCCUCACCACCACCUCCACCCGCAGCAUCAGUACCAUCCGCAGCCGCCGCCGCCGCCGCCGCCGCCGCCGCCGCCGAUGCCGCAGACCAGAACGAGACCUACUACUUUGACGAGGCCACCGGCGCCGUAUACGACUCUCAGGGCCGUCUCGUCGAUGUCUCGGCUCAAAACCUUGCCAUCGGUGCGUCUCAGGCCGGCGCAGCUGCAGCGCAUCCCGCCCUGCACGAUCUGCAGCACGACCCUCACGCUAGAGACUCGCCCGCCUCCGAGCUCACCAUCAACGACCUCGCCGCCGCCACCGCUCACCGCAACGGCCUGCCCGCCGACACCUCCCAAUCUCUCAAGCCGCGCGCCUCCACCGACAAUCGCUCCUACGACUCCACCAGCACCUACUCCCGCGAUCCCGGCGCACAGCCUCUCAACCACGCUCGCUCCUACGCCGCCUUCCCCUCCAUGGACGCCCUCCCCGAGGUCGACUCCCAGCCCACCAGCCGCAGCGGCAACUCGGACAUGCGCGCCGCCCUCCCGCACGGCACACGCGACAUUGGCACCACCGCAAGCGGCGCCAUCUCCCUCGACCACGCCAUCCCCGCACAGGGCAAGCGUCAGAGCGCACAGAUCGACGCCUACCCCGACUCCCUCCCCGAGCUCCGUCACAGCCCAGAGAGCGACCUCAAAUUCCCCCUCGAUGCCGGCGACUACACCUACGAGGACGCCUACAAGGACGAAUUCCACAUGGUCAACUACAACGACCUCGGCCAAGGCCACGGCCUCGUCCACCCCGCCCUCGAGAGCGCACACGUCGGUUCCCGCGGCGUACGCAUGGUCGAGCUCGAGAUGGAGAUGGAAGAGGACUCGCCCUACCCCGAGGUGCGCGCCUCGGUCUCCAACAUCGACGACACCGACAUGCCCGUCAACACCAUCCGCAUGUGGUUCAUCUCCUUCUUCCUCACCAUCAUCGCCGCCGGCGCCAACAUGUUCUUCUCCAUGCGCUAUCCGGCACCCACCUUUACAAACACCAUCGUCCUCCUCAUCGCCUACCCCAUCGGCAAGCUCCUCGCCGCCAUCAUGCCCAUCCGCGUAUGGACCCUCCCGCGCUGGCUCGGCGGCAAGGAUUUCUCGCUCAACCCAGGCAUCUACAACAUCAAGGAGCACGCCCUCACCUCCAUCAUGGCCAGCAUCGCCAUCAACACCGCCUACUCCAUCAGCGUCAUCAUCGUACAGGACCACGAGCGCUACUACGGUCAGCCCAGGCCCUUUGGCUUCGACGUGCUCUUUGUGCUCAGCUGCCAGACCGUCGGCUUUGGCCUCGCAGGCAUGUGUCGCCGCUUCCUCGUGUGGCCCGCAAGCAUGAUCUGGCCCCAGAACCUCGUCCAGGCCACCAUCCUCAACACCCUCCACGCAGAGGAGGACGGUGCAGACGGCUCCAUGACGCGCUUCCGCUUCUUCUCCAUCGUCUCCAUCGCCGCCUUUGUCUUUUACUUUGUGCCCGGCUACCUCUUCACCGCGCUCUCCUUCUUCAACUGGGUCUGCUGGAUCUGGCCCACCAACAUGCCCGUCAACGUCGUCUUUGGCACCGCCUCGGGCCUCGGCCUUUCGGUGCUCACCUUCGACUGGACACAGAUCAUCUACAUUGGCUCGCCCCUCGUCACGCCCUGGUGGGCCGAGUGCAACAUCUUUGCCGGCUUUGUCGGCCUCGUCUGGAUCGUCGCGCCCCUCAUGUACUUUAGGAACGUCUGGUACCAGGCCUACCUCCCCUUCAACAGCGGUGCCUCCUGGGACCGCUUCGGCCAGCCCUACAACAUCUCGCGCGUCAUUCCCAACGGCGUCGACCUUGACAAGGAAGCCUACGAGGCCUAUUCGCCGCUCUAUCUUUCGACUACACUCUCGCUCGUCUACACCACCGGCUUCGCCAUGCUCACCUCGGUGCUCACGCAUACCGUGCUGUACCACGGCAAGGCGCUCAAGAAGGGUAUCAUGCGCGUGCGCACCGAGGAGGACGACGUGCACGCCAAGUUCAUGCGCCACUACCCCGAGGCGCCCGACUGGUGGUACGCGUGCAUGUUCCUCGCGGCGCUCGUGUUUGGCGUGAUCAUGAUCGAGGUCUACGACACGGGCCUGCCCAUCUGGGCGCUGCUCGUGGCCAUCGCCAUCCCCGCCAUCUACAUUCUGCCCACCGGUUUCGUGUUUGCCAUGACGGGUCAGGCGAUCGGCACCAACCUCAUCGGCGAGCUGAUCGUAGGCUAUCUGCUGCCGGGCAAGCCGCUGCCCAACAUGAUCUUCAAGGCGUAUGCGCUGCAGGGUCUGCUGGGUGGCUUGCAGUUUGUGCAGGAUCUCAAGCUCGGCCACUACAUGAAGAUCCCGCCGCGGCUCACAUUUAUGGCGCAGUUGACGGGCGUGUUGGUGGCGUGCUUUGUGCAGCUGGGUGUCAAGCAGUGGAUGUUUGCCAACAUCCAGGGCAUCUGUUCGCCCGAUCAGCCGGACAGCUUUACCUGCCCGCACAUCCGCGUCUUUUACACGGCCAGUUUGGUGUGGGGUGCGAUUGGGCCGGCGAGGAUGUUUGGCAACGACUCGAUCUACAGGCCGAUGUACUGGGCGAUGUUGGUGGGGGCCUUGAUUCCGAUUCCCUUCUGGUUGGCGGCAAGGAGGUAUCCUCGGAGCUGGAUUCGCUACAUCAGUUGGCCGGUCAUCUUUGCGGGUGUAUCGUUCAUCCCACCCGCGAGUGGGAUCAACUACUCGUCGUGGUUUGCGGUGGGAUUCAUCUUCCAGUACCUCGUGCGCAAGUACAACUUCCGCUGGUGGUCCAAGUACAACUUUGUCCUCGCCGCCGCCAUGGACAGCGGCACCAUCAUCUCGACCAUCGUGGUCUUCUUUGCGCUGGCGCUGCCCAAGAACGGCUCGCUCACCAUCAAUUGGUGGGGCAACGAGGUGGUUGCAAAGACGUACGACUGGGCGGGGUACUCGUAUUUGACCCCGCCAGAGGAAGGCUUUGGUUCGACGCCCAAAUUUUGA